AUGGCCUACCGGGUCAUAACCCAAGUAGUGAUAAUCGGCUCUCGGGUCCUGGGUCGCGCCUUCGCCGAGGCGUACAAGCAGGCGUCGGCGUCGAGCCAGUACGCGCGGGCGCAGGGCAAGAACGGCGGGCAGACGAGCUCGGGGCGGGCGAGCCUGACGUCGGGCAUGACGCUGGACGAGGCGUGCAAGAUUCUCAACGUCAAGCCGCCGCAGGGCGGCGCCGCCGCCGACGCCGAGGAGGUCAUGGCCCGCUUCAAGAAGCUCUUCGACGCAAACGACCCCCACAAGGGCGGGUCCUUCUAUCUCCAGAGCAAGAUCCUGCGCGCGAGGGAGCGCAUCGAGGCCGAGAUUCGGCCCGCUGCUGAGAAGGCCGAGCAGGAGGCCGAGGUCAAGGAGGGGUGGAAGCCGAAGGUUUAUAAGGACAGGUAG